UCCCACAAUCCUUUUCAACCGAACAGCAAUGGUUCUGCACUGCACAAGUAUCCACUGUAACUGUUAAAAUAUGUGUUCAUACAAAACGUUUGCUGCUAUGCACUGCUUCAAUGUCCUCACUUUACUUUUUGGAAGUUGUGCGAGUUCCUCGGAAACAAAAGUGGUGCACUCUUCCCACAGUGCCUACGAGAACUACAUCACGUACAUAUGGCACAACCGACUCUACUUGUACACAGCUGCAGCGUUCACUAUCACGCUGUGGUUCGCGCUCAAGAUAUUCCUCAAGAAGGUACAUUGGCAGAAAAGUUUGUCCAAGGAUGUCGUCAGCUCCUGGGUCCAGGAAGCCACAAAGAAUGACGAGUGUUGUGCUAAACGUACUGAAGUUCACAUCUCUGGAGUAAAAAUUUUCUUCGGCUCCCAGACCGGAACAGCGAAAAGUUUCGCAAAAGAGCUGUCGGGAGACGUGAGGAGUUUGGGCCUCCCGGCCGAGGUGUUGGACAUGAAGGAGUACGAUCCAGACGAUCGGCUGGCUGCAGAGAGCAGCAGCAAGUGCGUGUGCGUGUUCUUGGUGGCCACGUACACGGACGGGCAGCCCACCGACAAUGCCGGCUGGUUCUGCAAGUGGCUGGAGGAGGCGUCCACCGACUUCCGCUAUGGGAAGACCUAUCUGAAGGGCCUCCGCUACGCCGUGUUUGGCCUGGGAAACUCUCUCUACGCCUCCAACUAUAACACGGUGGGCAAAAAUGUGGACAAGUGGCUCUGGAUGCUGAGCGCCUCCCGCAUCCUGACCCGUGGCGAAGGCGAUUGCAAUGUGGCCAAGAGCGCCAACGGCAGCGUUCAGGCCGACUUCCAGGCCUGGAAGCUCAAGUUCCUCAAACAUUUGCGGGAUCUCUGCCGGGACGACGGCAACUGCUGCGGGAAACGCGAGAAGGGUACUUCUUGUGUCAUGACAGAUGGACAGGAAGUAGACGCGUACGAGAACGCCGCUCUGGAUAGUAACUACACUGAGUCUCUCACCCCGUCCCAGGAGGAGCCGGUGGAGUCGAGCAGUGACGAUGACGACUCGUCAACCUCCCCCUCCGUGUUGGACAUGGAAGAUCUGGGCAGCCUCAUGAGCAGCGUCAAACAGAUGCCCUCAGACGGUGGGCAGGUGGCCAAGCGCUCCAGGAAGAUGGCGAGGAAGAGCCAAGAGGAAAAAGAGGAAGAGCGACGAGAGAUGAUCACACCCGCCCUGAGAGAAGCUCUGAGUAAACAAGGUUACAAGUUAAUCGGAAGUCAUUCAGGGGUGAAGCUGUGCCGUUGGACCAAGUCCAUGCUGCGAGGCCGAGGCGGCUGCUACAAGCACACUUUCUACGGCAUCCAGUCCCACCGCUGCAUGGAGACUACGCCCAGCCUGGCCUGUGCCAACAAGUGCGUCUUUUGCUGGAGGCACCACACCAACCCGGUGGGCACAGAGUGGCGCUGGAAGAUGGACCCCGCCGAGAAGAUCCUGCAGGACGCGCUGGAGAAGCAUCAGGACAUGAUCCGACAGUUUCGAGGCGUUCCCGGCGUGAAACUGGAUCGUUACGAGGAGGGUUUGAUGGUGCAGCACUGCGCUCUGUCCCUGGUGGGUGAGCCCAUCAUGUACCCCGAGAUCAACCGCUUCGUGCGCCUCCUCCACUCCCGACGCAUUUCAAGCUUCCUGGUCACCAACGCGCAGUUCCCCAAGGAAAUCAGGAGCUUGGAGCCCGUCACUCAGCUGUACGUCAGCGUGGACGCCAGCACCAAGGAUAGCCUGAAGAAGAUCGACAGGCCGCUCUUUAAGGACUUCUGGACCCGGUUCCUGGACAGCCUCAAGGCCCUAGCGGAGAAGAGGCAGCGGACGGUGUACCGUCUGACGCUGGUGAAGUCGUGGAAUGUGGACGAGCUGAAGGCCUACUCUGAGCUCGUUGCCUUAGGCCAGCCCGACUUCAUCGAGGUCAAGGGCGUGACGUACUGCGGCGAGAGUUCGGCCAGUAAUCUGACCAUGGCCAACGUCCCGUGGCACCGGGAAGUUGUGGACUUCACGCAACAGCUGCUUGACAUGCUCCCUGACUACGAAAUCGCCUGCGAGCACGAGCAUUCCAACUGCCUGCUCAUUGCGCACAGCAAGUUCAAGGUGGACGGCGAGUGGCGAACGUGGAUCGACUACGAACGUUUCCAGGACCUGGCCCGGGCCCACCUGGAGAGCGGCGGGCGGAAGGCCUUCUCCGCAUUGGACUACACGGCGCCGACUCCCCACUGGGCGCUCUUCGGGGCCCGCGAGCAGGGCUUCGACCCGGCCGAAAGCCGUUUCCAGAGGCGCAACAAAGGCAAAGACAUCUCCGGAUGCUGACGGCGCAGUUCGGUUCGGGACUUUGGGUUGCCUUUCUGUGCUGUCGUCGUCCUUUCGUUCUUCUUUUUUUUGUUGUUUUCCUAAUCAACUGACACAAUUGAAUCUUGUGAGCAUUUGAUGCCAGUUGAUCAAAUUCAAUUGAUCCUCUCGGCAGCUUUGUUAAGAGCCCGGUUAUAGAGUGCAGUUCUCAAACUCGAUGCCAGGGGCUUCCAUUUGACCCGCUCAACAGAUUUGUCCUUUUCAUUUUAGCGGAAUGUCUGUCCCAAAUUUGCAAUUUUUCUUCACUGUUUACAGAUAAUACUGAACAGGCAAUUUCCGUCCAUAAUGUAAGACAAUGUUCCCCCGCCAUUGGCAAAUUACUAUUACUAUAGUACUAUUCUCUGUUACAUGGUGAAAAGGAACUAGAUUAAAGUAUGCUGAGGAGCUUCACUUUGACAAAAGUAGUUCUUUGCCACCAUCUUUUUACCAAGAACCGAUGCUGAAGUGAAUUGAGGAGCUUUGUUUAGACAAAAGUAAUGCUUUGCCACCAUCCUGUAGCAUUUUGGUGUCAAGGAGCUAUCUUAACAUCAGUUGAGGAGCUCCAUGUUGACAAAAAUAAUUUGCUGCCAUCUUUUCGAUCCCGGACCUCCCUGUGUGGAGUUUGCAUGUUCUCCCCGUGUCUGUGUGGGUUUCCUCCGGGCACUCCGGUUUCCUCCCACAUUCCAAAAACAUGCAACAUUAAUUGGACACUCUAAAUUGCCCCUAGGUGUGAUUGUGAGUGCGAAUGUCUGUCUCCACGUGCCCUACGAUUGGCUGGCAACCAGUUCAGGGUAUACCCUGCCUCCUGCCCGUUGACAGCUGGGAUAGGCUCCAGCACUCCCCGCAACCCUCGUGAGGAUCAGCGGUGAAGAAAAUGGAUGGAUGGAUUUCUGGGUGUUGUGAAUUUCACUACUCAUGUCAGGAAUGUUUCAGUGGUGCACAGAAAAAUUUUGUCACUAUUUUUUCCAUGAUUGAGAUUUCAAAUUAAAUUUGUUAAAUUUAGAACACUUUAGUGACAAUUAUCGUUUAGUAAUAUGAUGAGGCGAUUAUACUGUGUGUUUAUGAUUUUGAUAACUGGCCUGAGUGGGGUAAUUUUCAUGAAAAUAUUAGAUGAGGUUGCUGAUGAAUUAAAUUACUGUCAAAACUUAAAACAUUGCUGAUGUUUGAAAAAUGAGAACAUUGUUUUGUCAUUUUUAUGGAUUAUAUUCAAUGUCAUCAGUCCGCUGCACAGAUUUUUAGUGUCUGUAAUCAUUUUUCUUUUUAAAUUGUUUUGGAUUUGUAUUCUUUAACACCACUCGUGUUGAAAGUUGCGUUGAACUGAGCGUAUUUCAGCAACCUUUUUGGCUACAUAUUUUCUGUAUUUUUUGUAAACGCAUUUUGAUAAGUUGGUUGUUUCUGUGUAGAAAUGAAAAAACGUGCUGUUGUUUUUGUUGUUUUUUCCCAUUGAAAUCCAAGUUGAAUGUUCAAUGUAUUUUUUUUGUCUGAUUUUUGCACGAUAAGAAAUAUCAUCCCACACGCGUCCA